CUCGGCCGCCUCCGACGUCGGCCGCGAGGACUCCCCGGACGGCCACCCACCCAUCCCGGCGGCGGGCGGCGGGCGCGCGGAGGGUCGACAGACGCGCAGCACCCUUCCCACCCACCCCCCACCGGCUCAGCCGCUCGUGACCGCCUGCGUGCCGGGGUUCGGAGCGGGACCGAGCGCCGCCCGGGGGAGCGAUGCAAGUCUCCAUAGCCUGCACAGAGCACAAUUUGAAGAGUCGGAAUGGGGAGGACCGGCUUCUGAGCAAGCAGAGCUCCGCUGCCCCCAGUGUGGUGAACGCCGCCCGGGCCAAAUUCCGCACGGUCGCGAUCAUCGCGCGCAGCCUGGGGACCUUCACUCCCCAGCAUCACAUUUCUCUCAAAGAGUCCACCGCCAAGCAGACUGGCAUGAAAUAUAGGAAUCUUGGAAAAUCAGGACUCAGAGUUUCUUGCUUGGGUCUUGGAACAUGGGUGACAUUCGGAGGUCAGAUUUCAGAUGAGGUUGCUGAGCGGCUGAUGACUAUCGCCUAUGAAAGUGGAGUCAAUCUCUUUGAUACUGCUGAGGUCUAUGCAGCUGGAAAGGCCGAAGCGAUCCUGGGCAGCAUCAUCAAGAAGAAAGGCUGGAGGAGGUCCAGCCUGGUCAUAACAACCAAACUCUACUGGGGUGGAAAGGCUGAAACGGAAAGAGGGUUGUCAAGAAAACAUAUCAUUGAAGGACUGAAGGGCUCUCUCCAGAGGCUGCAGCUUGAGUACGUGGAUGUGGUCUUUGCAAACCGGCCCGACAGUAACACCCCCAUGGAAGAAAUUGUUCGAGCCAUGACACAUGUGAUCAACCAAGGGAUGGCGAUGUACUGGGGCACCUCACGGUGGAAUGCGAUGGAGAUCAUGGAAGCCUAUUCGGUAGCAAGACAGUUCAAUAUGAUCCCACCAGUCUGUGAACAAGCUGAAUACCAUCUUUUCCAGAGGGAGAAAGUGGAGGUUCAACUGCCGGAGCUCUACCAUAAAAUAGGGGUCGGAGCAAUGACGUGGUCUCCGCUUGCCUGUGGCAUCAUCUCGGGGAAAUACGGAAAUGGAGUGCCCGAAAGCUCCAGGGCUUCCCUGAAGUGCUACCAGUGGUUGAAGGAAAGGAUUGUCAGUGAAGAAGGGAGAAAGCAGCAAAACAAGCUGAAAGACCUUUCCCCGAUUGCGGAGCGUCUGGGAUGCACACUACCUCAGCUCGCUGUGGCCUGGUGCCUGAGAAACGAGGGCGUGAGUUCUGUGCUCCUGGGAUCAUCCACUCCAGAGCAACUCAUUGAAAACCUCGGUGCCAUUCAGGUUCUCCCAAAGAUGACAUCACACGUGGUCAAUGAGAUCGAUAACAUUUUGCGCAACAAGCCCUACAGCAGAAAGGACUAUAGGUCCUAAGGCAAUGCAUGAGCCCAGGAGCUGCAUGGCUAAAGUAGCGGUUGGUCCCGGAACAGGUGGGUGUUACUAGCCACUCUUACGAAUCACUUCGCAGCCUGCUGCUCAGCCUCUAGUGUCCCUGGAUUCUCAGAGGUGUCUGCUGUCGCUACCACUGUGCACCUGGAGUAAGAGCAGCUCUGGGAACUUCCAACCGAGGAAAUCCAUUCUAUUUUCUUAUCUUGGACCGGAGUCACCGGUCCUACAUUGCUGUAUUCACCUCACGCGUAUGCAGUGGGAAGUCAGUGCAGGGAGGAGGAAGAGGUGUACUCUCUUCACGUUCUGGUAGCUUAGAGAAAGCUGCAGACGUACUUUUCCAAAUGAACAAAAUCCACAGAUGCAGUGUGGAGGUAAAGUGGAACAGAAGCAGAACCCAGGGAGCUCAGCUCAGAAUUCCGUCUGUCUGGGAGAAGGAGCCGAGAGUUUUACCUUUCUGUGUUUUCUCCUAUUUUCACAUUCAUGUCAGGAAGAAUUUUGUUUCGUUUACCACUCGACACUACUCAAAUUUCUAGGUAUCUGUUUUCGUUAACUUAAAGAUUCACUGUUGCUUGACCCAACCCUAAGCUCCUUGCCAUGGCCAGUUGGUAAGAGGAUGAAACCGUCUCGAACUAGGGCAGUCCGGCUAAUUCACGAAAGGCAGCGUUUCCCUUGCUGUGGGAGCUUCCCUUGGAACAAGAUGGCACGUGAUGUAGCUGGAAAAAAGUGUUCAUUUUUCACUGUUUACUACAACCUGCUUUAUACUUUUGCUGCUUGUAGGCACAGCUUCUGCCAAGUUUAAAUAUUUGAGCUUUAAAAUUAUACCCAUGCUCAGUUUUGUAAGUAAACCUGUAAGACACCCAGAGGGUACGUGUUCAUUUUUUGUAAUUAGUACUGGGAUUUUACAAUACGAUGCUGGACAUGUCUGAGUGGACACGAAAGCAGAUCACGUGUGGUGAAAAAUGCCGUUCCCGCUCAGCACAUGCUGAGUGAGUGAACUUGCCCAAUGGAAAGUAAACUUUGAAGAACUUCCGAUUCUAUCAUCACAUUAUAUGCACUAUACGAUAUGCAUGAAAGCUCUUUGCAUGGAAUCUGAGGUCUGUUUAUCUAGCCGUGCCACCAGUGGCUUACCUCCCCUUACAAAUACAUCCCUGGAGAAAUGUUGAAAUGCACUGUGCGUGUCCCAACCCAUAAGGGGAGAAAACAUACUUCCCUCUUCUAUUUCGAUCCCUUAAAAUCUACUUAAGACACUGAGAAUAUAAAAAAAAUCCUAAUGUGAUUUUUCUGGCCAGCAGGUGCCCCCUUAUGGAAAUCACUUUGAAAUUUACAGGAAUAUACUACCAACAAAAAAUGCUGUUCUGCCAUCCUUUGCAGGUAUUAUGUACUUCAUGGUUCAGUUCUAGAUCUUAAAAUGUGAAAGUGUGUGGCAUCGACAGAUUUUCUUUACGAUCACCUCUACCUGUAUUCUAACAGCGAACUGUUUGUUUUGUUUGGGGGCCGAGUAGCCGAUCAGUGGUGGAGGUUGUUAGUUUUCCAGUUGUUCAAUGUGUAUCCAACCCAGUGAACUACUGUGUGUAUAAACUAGCUCGGGUGGUGUCUCAUUAGAACUGUAAUUUCACCUAUUUAUUUGCUUGGACAAAUAAAAGUAUUUUGUGUGUUUA